GAAUAAUGGACAAAUUCAUUUCACCAUCGUUUACCUCGCGUUCUUCCUCUCUUUUAUGUUCAAUGUUAAACGGGAAAAAAAAGAAUCACGAGCAAAUAUGAAGUCGAAGCUCCAUCACCAUCACCACAAUCUUAUUUCAAUUCACAUUCAUCAUCAUCUUCACUGAAUCGAAUCUACCUAAGCCAAGUCGUAAUUAUGUUUUGCGCACAGCAUCAGAGAGAAUUGGGGAUGAAAUGAAGCGUCGACGUGUUCUAUGGAGUUGCACCUAUAAUUGAAGCAAGAGAUAGAAGAAAAACUUACCGAAUCGGAGCUCCAACGCGGUGGCUCUCUGGCAAAUUGCAGGCUGCAUAGAUUCUUGCCAACUUAAUUUGUGAUUGGUGGCAGCAUCUUGGCUAGAGCAGUUGUUAGAGCGUAUUGUCAAACAUUUCAAGUUUUAUUUACAAGAGAAUCUACCAUGGAACCAACUUGUGCUGCUUGUGCCAUGGAAUGGAGCAUCCAACUUGAGAAGGGUCUUCGUUCUCGUAAACCAGGUGUACCUGUCAAAGCCAUCUUGCAAAUGGGGCCCCACCUUCAGCGUUGGAGUAAAGAGCUUGAGUCUGGUAUUGUUCCCAAUGGAAUGUUUGACCUUGUUCCAGGUGAAGGUGAGCUAUUUGCUAAUGCUAUCCUCUUACGUCUUGCUGAUGCCUUUAGGGGAGGCAACACAGAAAUCAGGCUUGCUGUUGUCAGAGUUUUCUUGAUCGAGCAAAAGCACCAUGAUAACAGGAAGCACAAGCAGUGUAAGGGGUUGCUGUCAAUGGCCAGAGUAGCUAACCACUUGGAGUUGUUAAAGCGGGUAAAAUCUGUUUUCAACAGUGGAGAUUCAGAGUCCAAGACACUGGCUCUAGUUCUGUUUGGUUGCUGGGCUGAUUUUGCCAAUGACAAUGCUCAGAUACGAUACUUGAUACUUUCCAGCCUUGUUUCUCCUCAUGAUUGUGAGGUAAAGGCAUCAUUGUUUGCUGCCGGAUGCUUUUGUGAAAUAUCCGAUGAUUUUGCAUGUAUUACAUUGGAGAUGCUGUUUAACAUUAUGAAUUCACCCGCAGCAUCCUUGCCUAUAAAAUUGGCUGCAGCAAGAAUAUUUGCAAAAUUCAAGUGCUCAUAUUCAGUUGCAAAGAAAGCAUAUAAGAUAGGUUUGGAGCUAAUAUCAAAUUCUUCAAAUGAAGAUAUUCUUGUUAUCAUGCUAUUCUCAAUUUCAAAGUUGGCAUCCAUUUCUACACUUCUUACCUCCAAUCUUGUGGAGUUCCUUGUUUCAUUCCUAGAACGGCAAUCAACUUUCCGUGUACGAGAAACGGUCUUAAGAUGCUUGCACUUUUUAUUUAGAAACAAUCCAUCUCUAAAACUUUACAGCAAGUUUGAAGCCCCAGAUGAACAAUCCAUGGAACUCUCUCCAUCUGAAUAUGAAGCUUGGAAAGGUGAUUGGACAGAUGAUGAAAUGCUUGAACUCAACAAAUUGUUUUCAGAUUCUGAAAUACUUAACUGUAUAGUAUAAGUUACUAAUAUACUCCUUAGUAUUAUCGAUGUAAAGUUUUUUCUUUUUCUUUUUUUAUUUAUUAAAUUAAAAUUUCAACUUCUCUAGCAUAUUUGAAAUGCAGGCUGUAUUUAGUUAUCAACUUGCACCAUUAGUAUUACUAUUGCUGUCUCAUAGAUCGGUGGUGCCAUUGGUUUAGUUGGUUAGAAAAAAAUCUAAAUAGACCACUUGGCUCCUUAGUCUAACAAACACUUAUUGCUCUUUAUCAAAUGGAGAAUAUUUAUUUAUUCAACAAAAAGUUGAAUACA